ACACAAUUCUUCUCACUCUCGGCUCUCUCUCUCUUGCGGCUCUCUCUCUCUCUCUCUCUCUCUCUCUCUCUCUCAACGUCUUUCUCUCUCCCUCUUAACUCUCAAACAGUGAAGCCGUAGUCGGUGACCACUGACCGGUGGUGACUGCCUUUGCCGUUGCCGUUUCCGUUUCCAUUUCCGGCGGUGAGUCGGUGAUCGUUCAACGACUGCUAUUUCCGUUCCGUUGCUGCUGCCGUUCAGCAACUCAAACGACUCAAACCCUAGAUCUACAACUGUCUCUCUUCGUUUCCGGUGACACACAACUCUCAAACGGUGACAAGAAGUGUUGAUAAUGCGCAUGGUCAAGUCAGUCCGCAGGAAGAGAAGACUAUCGAUGCUUUGAUAAAAGCAAGGUCAACCUUUUCAUAACUCGAGACUUAGGUUGACCUUUCUCUUUCUAUCUUUUUUGUUUUGGAACACGUACUUUUAUGCUGCUUCAUCGUAGUACCCCUUGUUGUUUUCUUAGUAGGCGUAGGAGGUGGCCCUUGGGACACGAUGAGGGAGUUUGAUGAUAACAUCCCCGAUCCAGCCUUUGUCAAUUUUAAGGUUCCCACUAGUUUGUCCAUUUGAAUAUUGACAAUACAGCAAGUGUCCAUGUCUGCAUUUUGCUGAAAUUCAGUAGUUUAGGUAAAAAAUUAACUCUUAUACCACAAGUAUUUUGGACCAAGACUUUAACCUCCAGUUACUAAAACAAAUAUGUUUUUUUUUUUUUGUUUCUUUAACAGUUGAGGGAUGGGGAAUGCUUCAAUAAGGGUCCCUCUCCCCCCACCUCGUUACAGUGCAGCUUCUACCUGCAAUAGCUCAAAACUAUACAACUUAAGCACUUUUCAGCAAAGUACCCCUCCCUGCCCUGGAUACAGCAAUUAAGACUGCUCCAUCUUCAAGUUUUGAUCAGUACGCAGUCUCCAAUUUUCAAUCAUCUGUUGACAUGAAUACAUGAGGAGUUUACUUUGUGGGACAAUGUUAAAACUUUUAUACCCCAGAUUGUGUGCACUUGGAGGUGAUAAAAUUAGCCGUUGCCUUUAUGAACAAACCAGUCGUUUUCACAGUGGACAGCCCCUUUUUGUGCCAAGAAGCUUUUUUGGCGUGGAGGAUUAUCUGGAUGGUGACAACAGCCGGCCAUACACUUACCAGAAGGGGAAGAAGUCAAAGAAUCCAGACAAGCAUGUCUCAUUCAAACAGCGUACAAUAGCUUACAUGGAACCAUUCACACUUGAUGUCUUCAUUUCUAAGCGCUUUGUCUCAGCCUCACUCACACACAGGGUAACAAGCAAGCAGGUUGCAGUUGCUGGUACCAACUCUAACGACAUCAAGGCAAUGCUCAAGUCCCGGUCGGAUAUACCCGCUUGUUUGGCAGUUGGGCGAAUUUUAUCAGAGAGAGCAAGAGAAGCUGAUGUGUACACUGCUUCUUAUACUCCGAGGGAGAGGGACAAGUUUGAAGGAAAGAUUAGAGCGGUUGUCCAGUCUCUCAUUGACAAUGGUAUUGAUGUCAAAGUCUAUCUUGAUUGAACCGGUUCUUUCUUUCUUAUUUUGCCUUUAUUUUAUUUUAGCUUUAUCGGCACCCUCCGUAGGUGAACAUCAUCCUUCUGUCACUGUUGUAGCCCCUUUUCCUUUUGUAUUUCCUAGAGGAGUAGCAUGUCAGCUUCCUUAGCAACUAUUUUUUAAUGUAAAAUGGAAAUUCCCUGUG